UUGCGUGUACGCUGCGUAAAAGUAUUUCAUUUUUUUUGUUUUUUGUUUUUAAAACCGACCGGAAUAUAAAUUGUUUUAAGAAAAUCCAAGAGGAUAUCUAAAUAGAAGGGACAAUCGUUGAAAGUUGUAAAAUUUAAAUUGAAUUGAAUAAGCAAUAGCUGUGUGAGCAAUAAUCGGAACGCAAUUGUUGGCACGAUGACCGAAAAUUGGCAACGAACUCUAGCCAACUACUGGACAAACAGCCGAAUUAUAACAGAGGCAACGUUGCGAUUGCUGAGAGAUGAAUUACGAUGCAUCGGAAUGCCAUUUGACGAUAAUUUCAAGGAAUACUUUUUGAGAGUAACGAAUUAUGGGAUCGCUGAAACAUGCGAUAAAUUUCUAAAUGAUGUCAGACUGGAAGAACAAUUCAUUGAAUUUCUUUCUACAAAUCAGGAAUCGAUCAACAAGAAGAUGGCCACUGAUGCAAGUAGUGGGACAGUAAUCAACGUACCGAAUAACUACCAUCAUCCAGCGACUGAUACUAAUGCUCCAAUAAUAAAUCAAAUGGUAAAUUCAGUCGCCAAUUGGUACACAUUGCCAUCAUCUACGCCGUAUCAUGGUAUGGUAAGCAAUGUAGCAUUUCAACCAUUCACAUCGAAUUUGGACAACAAUCGAAUCAAUUCAGAGAAGAAACGGAAGAUUGCACCACGUUCAACAUUGAAAACCAUUCUUUCAGAAUCGCCAUCGAUUGAUCUGAGAUCAGAAGAAUCACGAAGUGCUAAGCAGUCAAAAAGCGUGGGUGCUCAACGGAGUCAACGAAUUAAAACCAAUUCAAAUAGUGCUGAACAACAGAAAGGAUCGACAUCAAAUGGAAAAUCCAAAACAAAAUGUGAGUUUUGUAACUAUGUUGCCAGAUUUCAAUCACAACUGAUAAUACACACACGUAUACAUACUGGCGAGAAACCAUUUGAAUGCAAUAUUUGUACGAAAGGAUUUAUUCAAAAGAGCAGUCUGAAUAUGCACAUAAGAAUUCACGCAAAACAAUUUCCAUUUCAUUGCUCGAUUUGUCGACAAGGAUUCACAGUGAAACAGGCAAAGGAGACUCACGUGAAAAACUGCAAUCCACGACGAUAUGAAUGUUACUUAUGCAAAUAUUAUACAUUAAGGAAAUCAAGCUUAGUCACGCAUAUGUGCAUUCAUACCGGUGAAUUUCACUUUCAAUGCAACAUUUGUGCGAAAAGAUUUAUUCAAAAGCAACAUCUGAAAUCGCACAUGAGAACUCAUGCAAAUCAAUUCCCAUUCCAUUGCUCGAUUUGUCGACAAGGAUUCACGGUGAAAUGGGAAAAGGAGAUACACGAGAAAAAUUGUAAUCCACGGCGAUUUGAAUGUUACUUGUGCAAAUAUGCUACACCAUUGAAAUCAAACUUGGUUAGACAUAUGCGCAUUCAUACCGGAUACAAACCAUUCCGUUGCUCUCAUUGCUCAGAACGAUUCAAUGUAAAAUCCAAUUUAAAUUCGCAUCAAAAACUUCAUCACAACAAAUCCAAGUAAUUUUUGUUACAGACCGAAUAGCUUUUAUCCAUUAUUAAGUGUCUAUAAACAAAUUAAAUGUAAAUCUCGUGAAUAUAUCACAAAAAGACAAGCAAUUCUUGCCUUUUAGUCCAAUUAAAAAGUCAUUAUUUUACGAGAGUCGAGCGCUAUCCAUAUAAAUACAUUGUGACGUCACACAUCUUACACAGAAACGACAUCUUUGUAAAACAGACUAACUACAAUGUAAAAGUAUAGCGAGAGGGGAAGGGAGUAAAUAAAAAGGGGAAACAGAUACGUUUGAUUUACAUUGUAGUUAGUCGGUUAUUAAUAGAUGGCGUUUAUAUAGUGUGCCCUUAUUGCGCUUGACUCUCGUUAUUUUAUGAAGCUUAAGAAGAAAAUAAGAUCGAAAAUAUUACAAUUGAUUCUAUUCUAAUUGAAUUGGAGUGUAUUUGUGUCGGAUAUAAAAUUAUUCAGUUCAAAGAAAUGUAUUGUGAAGAAAAGGACGAAUUAUUGCAAAUAAUAAAAAGAAGCUACGAAACAAA